AUGGAGAAUAUGCAGGAACUUGAGCAGUGUCAUGAAGAGAACAGGGCGCUGAAGACUACUCUUGAGGAGCUCCAAAGAACCCAUCAAGAACAAUUCCAGCAGGUGGUCCAGCAGAACGGAGCCCUGAAGGAGAAUUUUGAGGAGCUCAAGAAACAGCAAAGUGAAGAUAGAGAGGAAAAGGGAACAAUGACAGACAAACUAGAAGAGUGUGCACAAGAGAAUAAGGCACUGAAGACCACUCUGCAAGAGGUCAUUAAGAAGCAGGAGACCAAAGAGAAGCUUCUGGUCAGCACCCACCAGGAGCUCCAGAAGGAACUCAAGGAGAAACAGGCUCUGCAGAGGGAGGUGACUGCCUUGGAGUCUGCCCUCGAGUCUGCUCUCUCUGAGCAGGAGCGAGCAGCUGAAGAGGCCCUCAACAAGGCACAAGUGCGGAAGGAGAGCCUCAACACUGAGCGCCACAAAGUUAAAAAAAUACUAAAUGACUUGGACUCACAGAAAAUUAGUUUUAAAGCUGUGGUAGAAAAAUGUCACUCCGUCCACAAGGCCACGGUGGAGGAGAACAUACUCCACCAGAAAACAAUCACGGAGCCGACCACAGUUUUGAAACAAAGUGAGGACGAGAAAACCUCCGCCCUCGUCAGAUGUGAAGAGCUGCAGUUGUCCCAGAACAAGUUAGAUGAUCGGCUGCAGCAGAUCACAGUCCUAGUGGAGGAACUCCAAGCCGAAGCAGACAAGAAAAACAAAAAGAAGAAGAGGAGGAGGUGGUUUAAGUGGUGGCAGUAA